AUGCCUGAAGUUUGCGAUCCAAUAACACAAAAUGGCUCGCACUAUAUAAAAUGGAUACAUAUGCUGUUUGGUUCUUGUGUCUAUGGUAACAGGGAAGCUGCAAGUUUAUUAUUAGGUUUUUUGUCGAUAGCAUGUUGGUUGAAUGCGCAAUCACCCCAAGUAAUAGCAAAUUACAGGAACAAAUCAACGGAUGGAGUUAGUAUACAAUUCUUGAUGAUUUUGUUGCUCGGUGAUGUUACUAACUUUGUUGGUUGCAUAUUAACGAAACAAUUGCCGUUUCAACACCAAAGAAAAUCUGUUGAAGGAUUAUCGAUUGUAAUGUUUAUAUUCGCAGCCCUCGGUAAUCUAACCUAUACAAUGUCCAUAUUCACCAACCCAUUGGCAUCCAGCGAUCCAUUAUUUCUAAUAGAUAAAAUACCAUAUAUAUUAGGUGCAGUUGGUACAUUAUCAUUCGAUGUUACCAUUUUUUUACAAUGGUGUGUUUGGAAAGACAGGAUACGUAAUGAUCAUCAAUAUCCUUAUCGUAGGGCCAGAUCUGCUACCACUCACUCACAUUCUUCAAUAGGGUUAUCAUCGUCUAAACGAUUGUCUUCAUCGACACAUAAAUUAGGAUAUAAUACAUUACCCUCAAAUUAUCAUAAAACUAAUUUCAAGAAACAACUUCGUAGUGGUGCUGGUAGUAAUGAUGAACUUAGAAGAAGUAUUAUUUUAACAAAUGGUGAAUUAUUUGUUUAG